AUGGAUCUGCCAAAAGAAUUAGGUGGUUUAAAUAUUAGGAGGACUGAAGUUUUGAACCAAGAUCUCCUUGCAAAACUUUCUUGGAGAAUGAUUGAGCAACAUGAUGCUCCUUGGACUAAAAUCCUUAGAGGAUACAAACAGCUGGAAUUAUGCCAAAAUACUGUUAGUGACAUAAGUAAGAUUAGAAUUCCGAUGCAUGGAUGUGAUAAAAUGAGAUGGAGACCAGCUGCUAAUGGUGUUUUUUCCAUGAAAACAUCAUAUGAAGUUUUUUUAGAUGAUCAAUUAAGAAUUAACCCUACAAAGAAUAACCUUAGCAUAAACUGGAAAGCUUUCUGGAAGCUCAAGCUACCUCCUAGGAUUCAGCAUUUUAUGUGGAAAUGCCUUCAUACUUGUGUACAUGUGAAAGAAAGGUUAGCUAGGUUCUCCAAGCAUCAGGAUAUAAGUUGUGUUAUGUGUGGUAAUGGGGUUGAAACUUUGCAUCAUCUGUUUGUUGACUGUGAUGUUGCUAGAAGAAUCUGGACAUGUGUUAGUAGCCCAAUUCAUGUUAACUUUGGUAAUCUAAACUUUCAUAACUGGUUGUGUGGUGUUUUUGAUAUACAAAAUGUCAACUUACAGGUUAACGAGGCUUUGAUUAUAUGGACUGUCAAGUCUGAUUUAAGUGAACUGACAUCCUCAAAUGUCACAAAUCAACUUGGUUCUAGCAUCAGCACUGUAGUAGUACCAAAAUGGAAAUGUGAAUGCAAUGGAAUGCGAGGAAGGACAAUGAUUUCUUUGGAUCCAGAACAAGCUGGAACAAAGGUUCUACUGGAAGUUGUGUUAUGGGCAAAGGAGAUGGGCAAAAGAAGAAUUCACUUGGAGGGAGAUUGUGUCAACAUAUUAAAUGCCUUAAAUGGAAAUAAUCUAGCUGUCAGAUGGACUACUUUUAAUCUGAUUUAUUAUGCACUUGUUAUUUUAAUAGAUUUUGAAUUUUGGUGUUGCUCUAAUGUUCAUAGAGAUGCAAAUCACAUUGCAGACUCAAGUGCGAAGUACGUCAGGUCUGAAAAUAGUAAUUUCAAUUGGAUAGAAAAUAGUCCUAGUUGGGUUUUGAAUUUGACCCAACAUGAUAAGAACUACUUGUAA